AUGAAUCCCGAUUUGAGUACAUCGGAUGGCUGCAGACGGGCCUUGACUCGAGCCUUGUUCGAUGCUGUUAAUGAAGCCAAGGAAGAAUGCUUGGCACAAAUGCAACGGGAGCAGGCGGCGGCGGCGGCGGCUGAGGCACGGGUCCCUCGCCAGAUACGACGUCGGACGUAUGUCCCCCGCGAGCACGACGUAGCACACGAACGUCUGUUCGCAGACUAUUUUGCCGAGAAUCCAAGGUGGGGCCUGAAUAUUUUUCACCGGCGUUUUAGAAUGAGUCGGGAUCUUUUUCUCAGCAUUGUGCACACGUUGGAGGGACGUGAUGAGUACUUCCAGUAUCGGGAAGACGGGAUCGGCAGACCCGGACUUACGCCAUUGCAGAAGUGCACUUUUGUUGUGAUCCGCCAGUUGGCCUAUGGCACAACAACGGAUAUGUUCGACGAGUACCUUCACGUCGGGGAUACAACUGGCCGCGAAUGUCUCAAGAAAUUUUGUAAGUUAGUUGUGGAGACUUUUGGCGACACAUAUUUGCGACGCCCGACUGCUGAUGAUUGCCAGAGCCUGAUGCGGAUGCACGAGACGGUGCACGGCUUCCCUGGGAUGCUAGGGAGCAUCGACUGUAUGCACUGGCAGUGGAAGAAGCUGUCCGACGGCGUGGAGAUGCCAAUUUACUAA